AUGCCAAGUUCCCUCGAUCUAAACUCACUUAUCCCCGAUCCCCUCUCUUUCCACUACAAAGUAGACCCAUGGGAAAAGGAACGAUGCAUGGGCCAAAACGACGGUUACUUUACAGAGAGCGAAGAAGAGGUCCUUUACGACUUGGACGAGGUAGCCAUCGCCACACUACCGCUCCAUUUGCAAGACAACAUGCGCGAGAUACAUCUUGAGCGCGUGCGACGAUUGCAAAAAGAGAACAACAAUACAAUAUUCUUCAAAUCACCCUACCAUGCAAGCCUGCCGGCAAUUUGGUGCAGGGAUUCGAUGGCUAGGAUGGCAGCAAGCCAGGACAUGGCGAAGCGUAACCAUGGAGUGUUGCCAGAUUCCAGUUCGGAACAAGCUAGAUGGUACUUGCACCGGAGCAGCCACAUCAUAGACGAGGAGAUGCUCACCAUGUAUGACACGAUAGCGAUGGCAAAUCCUUAUUCCCAUAGAUCGAGUUCGUUCUUCAGUUCUGGAAACGACCCGUUCUUUUCAAAGGGCUCGACAUCAAUGGAAGGGGGCACAGAAGCCGAAUUUGCCAGUGAUCGGAAGGAGAGCAGCAGAUAUCUACUAGAGCCGAUGGGCGCAGAAGCUCAUGCGGAUGUAGUUCAUACAUUUGAAGGCAAUGGAGCAUCCCAUGGAGACAGGCCUAGGGCCGAGGGGCGGUCUCGUGAGAGAGGCUCAUCAAUAGUGUCCGCUAUGCGUGGCCGCGUACGAAAAAGUAUUCAAAAAAUGAGCAAAGUUUUCAGAAAAUAA